AUGUCGCUUUCGUCUCUUCUUCGGUUCUGUCGCGACGAGCGCGUCGUGCUCAUCGGCAUUGGCGCUGCCACCAUUAGCAUGGUGGCAAUGAUGACACAGGCACUGCUGUGGGUGCGCGACGACAACGAAGUCAAGCCGACGCCGCUGAAACCGCAAUACAUCACUCAGGAUACAGAAGACUCGCUACAGCUCGGAACGCUUGACAAGCUGCUGGCUCAUUCGAACUACUCCAUUCGCGACAUCGCCAACAAGAUCCUGUGCGAUCGCGCCGUCAACGACCCAGACACAGUUCAAUACCUACUCUACGAUAUCACCCGGCCAGACUAUGACACACGAAUGCAGGCUCUAAGAGCGCUGGCCACAUUGACUGGUCAGACACACGAGGGGCUUUCAAAACUGCACAACUGGAAAGCGUACACAGCGUUGGUGCGAUCACUCGAGCUCAGCCUCGACGACGUGGAGCACGAAAGUCUCGACGACAAAUAUUGGGAUGAAUAUUACCUACGCGAUAUGGCCGAGAGGUUUUGCCUAAUGUUCCUCCUGGAACUCAUCAACAAGUAUGGUGCCGAGAUGCUGGUCAAGGCCAAAUUCGUGGAGAAGUGGUUGGCGAAGCAAAAAUGGGGCGAGGGCGAGGACGAGCGGCGCGAGAACUUCGCUUACUACCUGGAUCACAAGAGAAACCGGAUCGUCGACAUUGUCACAAGGAUAGCGCACACAACUGAGGGUAGCAAGGCGCUGAACGCGUGCAACCUCCCUGUGGAGUCCAAGUUUCAUGUUACCAUUGCGGCGGAAACGGAGGAAGGGUUUCUGGUCGCCCUGCAGCCGGCUGUGCGUGCGGCGGACGUCGACGAUGAUCAGGCGGCGGAGAAUGUGCCCAGAAGCAGAGAUCACUCCGCAGAGGAACAACGACUUCGACGCCAGCAUCGAGAGGCCAUGGUUUUCAAUGACGGCACGCGGCCCAUUGGGAGAGAAGAUAUUAUCGAGCGCAACAGCGGCUCGCCCCCUUAG